CAUGGCGUUUCUGUAUCAACUAGUUUUGGUUUUGUUAAUCGCAGUCGCAGUCUCAUCACAAACGUCUAAAGAGACUAAUAAGACUGAGCUGGCACAAUACAUAGCCGAUAAGAGAGAAACCAUCAACCAACGCUACAAGCUUCUCUACCACGUCACUCCACCAGUGGGGUGGAUGAACGACCCAAAUGGAUUCUCUUUCUACAAAGGCGAAUAUCACCUCUUCUACCAAUUUUAUCCCUACGACAGCGUGUGGGGGGCGAUGCACUGGGGCCACUCAACAAGCCCUAACCUGGUCGACUGGAAGGAACAACCGACAGCUUUGAUACCGGAAAAAGAACAAUGCUUCUCAGGCAGCGGCGUGGUCGAUGGAGAUCAACUUGUGCUCAUGUAUACGGGCCACGAAGAUAGAGACACUCCACCCUACUACAGGGAAACUCAAUAUCUGGCUUUCAGUAACGAUGGUAUAAAUUUCGAAAAAUACGAAGGUAACCCAGUCCUCUUGCCAAGUGGAUCUCCAGAUUUUCGUGACCCUAAAGUGUGGAGACAUGGAGACCAUUGGUAUGUAGUUCUUGGGAGUAAAAGUGACGAUUUACAAAGAGGUAGGGUACUUCUUUACCGGUCAACAGACUUGAAGAACUGGGAAUUUUUGUCAGUCAUCGGGGAAUCAGACGGCACAUUGGGAUACAUGUGGGAAUGUCCAGACUUUUUCGAGCUAGACGGGAAAUAUAUUUUACUUAUGUCACCACAGGGAAUGGAACCUCAGGGUGAUAGAUACAAGAAUAUCUUCCAAACUGGCUACAUCAUUGGCAACUUUAAUUAUGAGACUUUUGAAUUCGUGACUGAAGUUGAAUUUCAGGAGAUCGAUUUUGGCCAUGACUUUUACGCGACGCAAACUAUAGAUAAUGAUGGUAAAAGGUACAUGGUUGGAUGGUUCGGAAUGUGGGAAGUUCCACAUCCAGAAGCCGUUGAUGGUUGGGCUGGUGCUAUGACAAUUAUUAGGGAGCUGAAACUCGUUGGAGAUAGAAUUGUUCAGAUACCAGUCGAAGCAAUGGUGACGUUGAGAGAACAAGGAACUACAACGUCAUGGGCACCUAAUACGACAAUAGAAUUUCAGAAAACAGGCGAGAUUAUAGUUAAUGGAACUUUGAACCAAACUAUUGAACUGCUCAUCGAAGGGAAAGAUGGUGGUGAAAAAGCUUGGUUGACCUGGGACCCUGUAGUUGGGAAAGUGAUUGUGGACCGAGGUUCCAAAUCCAAUGAUACUCGUCAAGUGGAAUGGGCUCCGAUAAGUUCCCAUUCCUGGAGGAUCUUCCUGGAUGCCAGUUCCUUGGAAUUGUUCUGUGGUGAAGGUGAAGUGGUGUUCAGCAGUCGGGUGUACCCUGUGGUAUCUUUUUGUGUAAUAGCAGCAGUGACGUCAAAGUCGUUUCGUCAACAUGACUCAGUUCUAGAAGUUGAAGAGUACAUAGCCAAUAAGAAAGCAGACAUCAACCCGCGGUACAGACUUCACUACCAUGUCUCUCCACCAGUUGGAUGGAUGAACGACCCCAAUGGCUUCUCUUUCUACAAAGGCGAAUACCACCUCUUCUACCAAUUUUACCCAUACGACAGUGUGUGGGGACCAAUGCACUGGGGCCACGUAUCCAGCCCCAAUCUGGUCGAGUGGCAACAACUACCUACGGCUCUGAUCCCAGAACAAGAAAUGUGCUUCUCAGGUAGCGGGGUGGUUGACGGAGACCAGCUAGUGCUUAUGUAUACCGGUCGUAUAAACCUAGACGUUGAGCCCUUUUACAACGAAACCCAAUAUUUGGCCUACAGCGACGAUGGUGUUACCUUCCAGAAAUAUGAAGGGAACCCAGUGCUCCCGGCAGCGCCGAAUGGAUCUCCAGAUUUCCGCGACCCAAAAGUGUGGAAGUAUGAAGACCACUGGUAUGUUGUGAUUGGCAGCAAGACUGAUGAUGAAAGGGGAAGAGUUCUUCUCUAUAGAUCACCAGAUUUAAAGACUUGGGAGUUUCUAUCAAUCAUCGGAGAAUCUCAGGGUGACAUGGGUUACAUGUGGGAGUGCCCAGACUUCUUCGAACUAGACGGAAAAUUCAUUCUACUCAUGUCCCCCCAAGGACUAGAAUCUCAAGGUGACAGGUACAAAAAUACCUAUCAAACUGGUUACAUAAUCGGCAGUUUCAACUACGAGACGUUUGAAUUCGUACCAGAGGUUGAAUUCCAAGAAAUUGAUUUCGGUCACGACUUUUAUGCCACACAAUCGAUGGAAAAGGACGGCAAGAGGUAUGUUAUUGGAUGGUUUAGUAUGUGGGACGUUCCUCUCCCUGAAGAUGUAGACGGCUGGGCUGGUACAAUGACUAUUGUCAGGGAACUGAAUCUAGUAGGAGAUCGUGUUAUAAUGAAGCCAAUUGACGAGAUGGUGAUUUUGAGAGAACAGAAUCUUUUUACUGGAGCAUUGGAACCUAAUUCUGUCGUAGAAUUUGAGAAGACAGGUGAAAUUAUCGUGAAUGGAGAUUUGAGUCAGAAUAUUGAAUUGUUGAUUGAGGGCAGCAACGGUGGUGGAAAGGCCUGGGUAAGAUGGGAUGCUGGAGAGGGCAAAGUAAUCGUGGAUAGAGGAUCUGAUGACGUGCGCCAGGUUGAAUGGGAACCUAUUAAAUCUCACUCUUGGAGAAUUUUCUUGGAUGCUAGUUCUCUGGAGCUGUUCUGUGGUGAAGGUGAAGUGGUGUUCAGCAGUCGAGUGUACCCCGACGGUGAUUGGAGGGUGACCAACCUGAGCCCACAGACUUUAGAUAUUGAAGCUUACCAUUUGAGGAGAAGUGUUCCUGAAUAAGUUAUACCGAUAAGAUUUAAAUGUAAUAAAAAUAUUUUAAUGCGAU